ACCAAACAGCGAGUAAUCUAGCGGCGGCGAAACAUAUUGUUAUAACGUGUUUUUCUUGCCUUCGCGACGCUCGGCCAUGCUCCUAGCGGACUCCGAGGACUUUCCGACGAUGUGAAAUCGCACUAAAGUUUGUAUGCUUUCCUCCACUUCUUUUCCCUAUGUUACUCCGGCUUAAUUAUGGCAUUAAGUCAAAAUACAAAGAAGCUGAUUAUACGGAUUGUGUUAUUUCUCGUCUACCUUCUCGUUGGAGCUGCAAUUUUUCAAGCGAUCGAACUUCGCAACGAGAAGAAAGAACGAGCGAAUUUUCCGUUCGAGGACAUCAAGACAAAGUUUCUCACCAAGCACAACAUUAGCGAGAGUGAAAUGAACGAGUUCCUUAGGAAACUAAAGAAAGCUAUAGAGCUGGGUUUCGAUUUGCAGACGGGAGAAUUUCCUGAGGAAGAACAGUGGCAUUUUAUGAAUGCAUUUGUCUUCGCUGGGAAUGUAGUUACUACUAUAGGUUACGGUCAUCUAGUUCCAACUUCGUCUUUGGGUCGUUGGUUUUGUAUCUUCUACGCAUUAGUUGGAAUUCCCUUAACGGGUCUGACUCUUCGUUCCGUGGGUAACCGGAUUUCUGAGGAAAUUUCUUCGAUUAUAAAAGGUUUCGAAAGAAAGGUUUACAACAGAGAAUCAGAUAAACUGGAAAUCAAGACUGCCAUUAUAGCUUUUAUUUUGCUACUGGUGAUAAUAAUAAUCCCAGCUUUUGGAUUUCACGAAUUAGAAGGAUGGUCCUAUGAGAAUUCGGUUUAUUUUUGUUUCGUUACCUUAUCGACCAUUGGAUUUGGUGAUUUUGUAACAGGGAAUCGUACCGGUUUAAAAGAUGACGAGGCAACCAACGUUGUUUUGGAGUUUCUGAAUCUCAUCUAUAUGGUUGUAGGACUGGCAGUUAUGUCUGGUGUCAUUGUUUCAAUAAGUGGAGUUAUCGAAGAAAAAACUAAACUUAUAGCUAUGCCAGAUCCUUUUGAAACAUUAAGAGUUGGAAAUUUGAAUUCAAAAGCUUUAAGGAAACUUGGAAUGGGACCAGCAGGCCCCGGUGACGGUGUCAGGCCUAAAAUAGACAGAAUCCCUCCGAAAAUAAACUCACAGUCAGUAAUGCGAGCAGGGAUACCUGAGAGUGGUGGAUCAGUUCUAGAUCGCAGUCGAUCUGCCGACAAUAUGGACUUUCAAGGCCCGACGCCAAUUCUACAUUUAACUAAAAAUACUGAACAAACUGGGGAAAUUUCGAAAAACGAAGGAUCUCUCGAAAACUGCACUAGACCUAAAUUGUUAUUUAAUAAUAAAGUUGUUCCAGUCGAAUCUGCGGGAGCGUUGACUGAGCAAGGUCCGAGAAAGGAUUCUACAUUGUCAUUCGAAAACAGAAGCGACAGUCACGACGAAAUUGAGAGGGAAGUCGCUCCUGAUGAAGGAAAUUCGAGAAGAAAUACUUUAACAGAAAAAAGAGGAAGCAGAAAUGAACUAGUUGUGCAAGUGCAAAUGACACCCAAUCCAAGUCCACGAUCGUCCCCAGCCCCCUCACCAGUCCCGGUGGAGCAAGAGGAACAUUCUCAUGUCCGAGAGGAGCCUACUUUAGAGAUAAAUGAAAAAAAUUUUUCAUCUACUCCUAAAGGCAAGCCUAUUAACGGCAACCACUUGAUAAACAAUGAUCUUCCUCCUGUAGAAGUCUUGGAAAAAAACGCGUCGAUGUUGAAUGGAUUUGCUAACCAUGCAGCAGAAAGGACUAUUACUUGUUCAGAAAACGAAAAGCUUGAAAUGAAGCAGCCUGCGCCUAUAAAUAGGUAGCAAGGAAGGAAAUGUGCAAGGAUAAAACAAGCAAAUCAUCUGCAGAUAAAGUCGGCGAUAUGAUCACAUGGGUGUCUAACACCCAGAACAGAUCAGGCAAUCGGAAUCAGAGGAGCAAAUCACGUGCCGGACACAUGAGUGCAACUCAACCCAGUCCCUCCUGCCAGAAGGGCGCAGCCAUUCAACCUCAACAGUUUGCUUCCGAGCGUCGACCCUGCAAAUAUAAACUGCAGCAGUCAAACUGGCGUUUUACCAUCGCAGAGCAGAUAUAAGUCAUCAUCACCGCGCAGCAUGAAGAAAUAUGCAGCCCUCUGAAGAGCCCCCUCAGGAAAAUUCCCUAGAAAAUGAACAAAAAGUAAAUGAUAGAGAGCAUAGGUGUUGAUAGACCAGAGUUUUAAACAAGAAAAAUUUGUCCGAGGACUCGUUUUAGAGCUUUCUCAAGUUUUAAGCUAAGACUUACAACAAGGAAGAAAUCUCCCAGAAGACAAUUUUGCAGAUAUUUUUCUUUUCCAUCCCUUCACAUUCUGAGAAGGAAAUGCAAUCAUUUUGUUCGGUUGACCCAUUUUUAAACUAGAUUGUACUGCAUUGAUAAUGCUCACGAUGCAUCGAACAGUCAAGUCGGUGUUUUGAGGCACGAGGAACAGCAUUAAUCAAAGCUGACUUUCUCUUGCUCUAUGCAGCAGUCUAAAAAUUGGGUGACUCGAAACGAGCAUAAGUCGCCGCCGAUCAAAGACAGAUCCUGACACAGUUUCACGCACGAACAUUAAG